AUGGCACUGACAAUUCCCGUCGAGAUCUGCGACAUGAUCGUUGAUCACGUAGUAGCAACAGUUGACAAGGACUACUCAUUACGCGAUCUGUUUCCUUAUACUCUCGAUCUAGAUGCUCGACCACAGCUCAUAAGCUUACGCUUGGUUAGCCGGAAUUUUUGUGCUGCCGCGUCGCCCCAUUUGUUUAAAUGCAUUGUAGCUCCGAUUAACUCCUCGGUGCGCGGUAGCAGGGGCUCCCUACAAAGAUUUGCUGAAAUUUCACGGAGCAAAUACGCUGCACAUGUCCGCCAUCUAGACAUCGGAUACAACAGCUGGGGCACCACUUCCUGUCCAAUAAUCAGCCAAGAAAUCCAGGAUUUUGCUGGGUUGUUAUCGCCUUGUCUUGCGCAACUGUCCGGUUUACGCGUUCUCAAAUUAAGGGCCUCAGGCGAGUCCUUGAUACGCGAAUUGACACGCGACAAUGAAAGGGCUGCCAUUGAAGCAAUUGUUACAGCCCUACGAUUUGUGAUACUACCCCAUUUGGAGGGGCUUGAGCUCUUCUUUCCCAUGGCUCAUGACUUUCGAUACUUCUUCCCCAGUCAAUCUUCUCCAUUGCACAUCCCCAUGGACGAUUUACUGCACGGACUGAAAUACCUAGCUUUACAUGUCACUGCGUAUACGAAAAGGCUGGGACAGCGAUACUGGAGAACCCCUGUACCAGCUGCAUACGCCGCCUUUCCAAAUGACUUGCACGCCGCCCAUCUCUUUAGAUUAGUGGAGCUGGCUCCUAAUCUAGAAGCUCUCCAGAUCAGCAGUACAGACGUUCUUCCUUUCUACACUGUCCAUUUCAGCCCAGCGCUCUGCCUCACCUCUCUACGUCUUGCACGAGUCCUGAUUACGUUUGACCACUUCCGCGCGCUUACUGGCCAAUGCAAAGAUCAUCUCAAGCACAUCGAACUGUCUUUGGUACAACUGCAUUCUGGCACCUGGCACAUGGUCCUCACGCAGCUACGCCAACUACCGCGCCUUAUCGACGUUUCCAUCAAAUCGUGCGGGUAUCCAGCCACCGGUCCAAAUGCACAUCUGAGAGGGAUUCUUCCUGAGCCAGAUGAUCCGGAACCGCUUGAGACGAUGAAUUUCGAGGACUAUGAAGGAUUGAGUGAGCUUAGGAAUUUUGUUAAUGCAAAUCGAGUCGCUUUGGGGCUUAAGCCGUGGGAGCGGAGAGAUUUCCGCUGGUCUAGGUAG